AGCAUCUGGGACAAUACUUCCUGGAAACAUGGUCUGUUGCAUUUUAUGAUUUAUUUUUGUUGUAUAGGUUCCUAGUUUCACACUUAAGAAAUCGAAAACAAUAUAGAGUCCAGAAGAAGAUGACUAACAUAACAAAGUAUACUUCUAUUGAUCUGUCAGAUUAUCUGACUGAAGACUAUGAAAAUGUGUCCUACGGGGACUGGUACACAUGUGACACUGAAAAUGACCUUCUGCGCCUGUACCAUACUGUGUUCCAGCCACUAAUCUAUAGCAUAGUGUUUCUACUGGGCCUCUCAGGAAAUGGCCUCCUGCUGAUGGUUCUGCUGCAGCGUCGUGCUCACCUACGCAUUACUGACAUCUACCUACUGCAUUUGGCCCUGGCUGACCUGCUCCUGCUCUUUACCUUACCUUUUGCAAUGUCCGAGGUGCUGACAGGUUGGGUCUUUGGCAACCUCAUGUGCAAGAUUGUAGGCCUGUUAAACCGCCUGAAUCUGGUGUGUGGGAGUCUUCUCCUUGCAGGCAUUGGAUUUGACCGCUACCUCGCCAUUGUUCAUGUUGUAUCCAGCCUCAAGACCCGUCGACCCCAAACAGUUCAUUUAAUCUGUGCUAUGCUCUGGCUAUUUUGUCUUGCACUAACUAUGCCCAACAUAGUAUUUCUUUCUGUGGAACCCAGAAGGAAUGACCCCACACUGCUACAGUGUCACUUCAACAUUCAUGCGAUCAAUGCUCAAUGGUUAUUUGUUAGUCGGUUGCUGACACACCUGUUGUGCUUCAUCCUUCCCUUAGCCAUCAUGGGCUACUGCUACACUGCUAUAGUGUUCACCCUGUACCACAGUCAACAGAGUCUGGAGAAGCAAGGGGCUAUUCGUCUGGCUAUGGUGGUUACCCUGGUUUUCUGCUUGUGUUGGCUACCGUAUAAUAUAACCCUUUUUGUGGACACCCUUGUGAAACAAAAGGUUCUGACUCUGAAGACCUGUGGCAUUUCACUGGCUCUGGGUCUGAUGGUAACUGAGAGUAUUGGCUUUAGUCACUGCUGCCUUAAUCCAAUCCUUUAUGCCUUUGUAGCGGUGCAUUUCCGGAAGGAACUUUUAAGAUUGCUAGCAAAACAUUUCCGUGCCUGUGGGCUAAGUAACAGAUGUUUCAGCAAGACUUCUGUCUCAGAGGUGGUCACCACCACUUGCCAAUACAACUGAGCCCAGAAAUAUGUAAAAACCUUUGUGAAAAUAUGCAAUCGUUCAAUCAUCAUGCAGAUAUUUUUUUCAAAAUAAAAUCAGAGCUUAAUUUUGAUUCCCUGUGUCACCUGUCUGAUCAUCUAUGGCCUAUGCACUUAUCAUUGUAAAUAUUCUAUGCCUACAUUUUAAUAUUUUAGAUAGCUGGUGCUCUUCAAAGUAAUAUCCAAUGUAAGAUAACAAAAGAUGUAAGAGAUUUUGAAAAAAAUAAAACAAUGUUACCGUGA